CCCCUUGCAGCCAAUCACCGUGCAGGUCGGCCAGACGCCGCCAAGCUCGGUUUUUUGUUUGAGGUGACGGGAAGGGAGAAUACAGCGAGAGCAGGAAGAGGAGACGGGUCUGGGACGGAGGCGGCGGUGCGCGGGCAGAAGAGGAGCUAAUCACCGGGUCCGAGCAUCUGACAGCCGGGGCAGUAAGGGAGAGCGGCAGGGCGCGCAGAUACCGCGUGCGGCCGCAGUGUGGACGGGGCCCGUACCGGGCUGUUGUCACAAAUAGGGCCAACCUCCUGCCGCUGAGGAUGCUGCAUCCCCGCGCACUGGUCCUGCCCGCUCCCGCACCUCUCUUCCCGUGACAGGCCUAGGCCUCGUAGUCACGUUUGCGUGCUCGGCAGCUGCUGGCCCUUCUCCGCCUCCCCCACUCCCAUGAACCGGGCUGCACCCCCUGCUGUAUCAGAGCCCCUGUGGUGACGGAACUGGAGCGCUGCCGAGAGGUUGGUCUCCUGCAUGAGGCCCUGAGCUCAGCACACGAAGAUUCAUCUGGGUGGCAGUCCUGCUCUCUUAAUUCUUGCAUAUUUGGUAUCAUGGCAAAAGAUGCUGGAUUAAUUGAAGCAAAUGGAGAACUGAAAGUUUUUGUAGAUCAAAAUCUUAGUCCAGGAAAAGGUGUAGUGUCGCUGUUGGCUAUUCAUCCAUCCUCCGUCGGAAAACAGCUAUUGCCCAAAACUUUUGGACAGUCCAAUGUUAAUAUUUCUCAGCAAGUGGUCAUUACCACACCACAAAGACAGUCUGCACAGAGUACGAUUUUAUUAGGAAGUCCACAUACUCCCAACACGCACUUUGUUUCACAGAACCAAGUUACAGACACUUCUCCAUGGUCUGCUGGGAAAAGGAAUAAAAAAGGAGAGAAAAAUGGCAAGGGCUUACGUCACUUUUCUAUGAAGGUUUGUGAAAAAGUACAGAAAAAGGGCACAACGUCUUAUAAUGAGGUGGCUGAUGAACUGGUGGCAGAAUUUAGUUCAGCAGAUAAUCACAUAUCGCCUAAUGAAUCGCAGGCCUAUGACCAGAAGAACAUCAGACGUCGGGUUUAUGAUGCCUUAAAUGUACUUAUGGCUAUGAACAUUAUUUCUAAAGAAAAAAAGGAAAUAAAGUGGAUUGGUCUACCAACAAACUCUGCUCAGGAAUGUCAAAAUUUAGAGGUUGAAAGACAGAGACGUCUUGAAAGAAUAAAACAAAAACAGUCCCAGCUACAGGAACUUAUACUACAGCAAAUUGCCUUCAAAAACCUAGUUCAAAGAAAUCGUCAGGCAGAGCAGCAAGCAAAUCGAUCUCCUCCUGCCAAUUCAGUCAUACAUUUACCUUUCAUCAUAGUGAACACCAGCAAGAAAACUGUGAUUGAUUGUAGCAUUUCUAAUGACAAGUUUGAAUAUCUUUUUAAUUUUGACAACACAUUUGAAAUACAUGAUGAUAUUGAAGUACUGAAAAGAAUGGGAAUGGCAUGUGGGUUGGAAUCUGGUAGCUGUUCAGCAGAAGAUCUAAAAACUGCAAGAAGCUUAGUACCAAAGGCUCUAGAACCAUAUGUUACAGAAAUGGCUCAGGGAUCCAUCAGCAGUGUGUAUGUGUCGUCUACGUCAGGUUCAGUGUCGAAUGGCCGAAGGUUUUCUGCCAGUGACUUGACCACUGAUGGGAUGCUGGCAACUAGUUCCAACGGAUCACAGUACAGCAGCUCCAGGGUGGAGACGCCUGUCUCUUAUGUUGGAGAGGAGGAAGAUGAUGAUGAUGAUGACUAUGAGAAUGAUGAUGAUGACUGAUGUGAAAUGUAUUCAGUAAAAAAAAGACUAUAAAGCUACAGGAACUUUGUUUUGUGUGUUUCUUUUCCUCUGUUUUAACAUCACUUCUAUGAAAUUAAAUUGCCAAGGCAAUUCGUCGUAGCAAAGCAAAGGUUUUUCUAAUCUAGGUGACUUGUUUUCCUAUCUCCAUUUUUGUGCAGUGGAUGUUUGGUUACAUUUAUUAUUCUAAAUGUUUUUCCCUGCCCCAAAGUUUUUAAUUUCUAAUGUAUUGUCCACCUUAAAUACAAAAUAAAACUUUAUGCUGAAGUAUAAAGAAAUGAAACCACACUUUCAAAUUGGCAUUUUUCUCAGAAUUCUUCGAUAAUGUGGGGUAAAGUAUGGUUUUGUGAAAUCAUGCAGCGUCCAAAGGCACAUUUUUCAAUUUGCAUAUGAAACACUCAUAAUUUGACCUAUAGCCAUUUUUAUGCUUUCUAUUGUAAAAUAUAUGUUUUGGGGAAAUUACAUUUUCUGGCAAAGGAUAUUUCUGCAGUGCUGGUGCAGCUAUGUGAAAUGUCUUGAAGGUUGCUAUAUACAGUAUAUAAAUAUAAAUAUUGCUUAUAGUAUAAUUUGCCUGAAUUCUUCCAGGUAAAACUUUGAUUUUAUUUUUUGUUAUAUAUAGUUUACAUAAUUAUCAUUUGUGUUCUGAAGCAAAUGUUUUGUAUUUGUUUCCUAAACUUGCAUUGUAAUCUAUUAUAAUGUUGAAAUUAUAGAGUUUUAAGCUUUUUAUUUUAUUUUUUCCCCCAUCCCUUGCCAUUUUGGAUUUGUGAAUAAUUUUUAGCAGUUCAUAUUUUAUAUGAUGAAUUUAAAGGCAAGCUGUAGUGGUUUUGGAUAACAAUUCACAAAAUGGUUAACUGCACAAAUGCUGUCAGCUGCCUGCUGAAGUACAAUAUUCUUUUUAUUGGAACAUACAUACACUUAUGUAAUUUUAUUAACUAUACAGAGACUUAUAAAUGAUUUGUUUAACUUGGCACUGUUAGUUUUAUUAAUAAAAAGUGCAUGGG